AUGUACCAGCGACACAUGUGCCCCUCGGUAGGCGUGCUGCGGCGCUCGCUCGCAGGAGAUGUAGUAGCGACGUCAAAGUGCUCGUCGAGAGCCCUCCACGUCUCGGUGAAGAGGCAAGACGACCAGCAGCCCAGCGGUGCUGCUCCCUCUGCCCCCACUCCUGCCAACCCAAACUCCCGCACCGCCCGCAAUGCCGCCGCCUUCAAGCAGAUCGCCAGUCUCCCCAACCGGCGUAUCAUCCCCGGCGGCCUCGCAAGAGGAAACUUCCCCAGCGGCCAAACAGCACCACCUCCCCGCCGCCAGCCCAGCUCAGAAAACCCAGCUGCGUCCACCCCCGACGCCACCCCCUCCAGCGGCGCCCCCCGCCCCGCCAAGCUCGCAAAAGGGCCCCGAACACCGCGCACCACCUCCCCCACAGGCACGAUGGCGCGCGCCCCCAACAAGCUCAGGAUAACCCGCGAGCCCAUGCUUCCCGGCUUCGCGCCCAGCCCGCGCGGACCAAACCUACAGGCCCGUCAAGACCGCCGCGGCGCCGGCCCAGGCGGCGACCGCGGAGCCAAAGGCGGGCCCGGACGCGGCAACGAGGACCGCCCCAAGAAGCGCGAGCGGAAAACCGACGGUGGGAAUGCCGCGCGCAUGGCCCCUGCUGACGUGAAGGUCGAGUCUACGCUCUCGGACGGCAUGGUGCACCAUCUUCUGCGGCUGCAGCGUAAGGAGUGGGAUCGCGUGCCGUACGAGCCCAAGUAUGCUCCGGGGAGCUUUGCGGCGAAUGAGCUUGUGCAUGCUGGACGGGAGUUGUUUAGGGGGGAGGUGCCGCCUGUGCAGGUUUGGGGUGCGUUGGAGAGGAGGAUCGGUGUUGUGGGGAUGCAUGGCGCGGCGGCGCAUUUGAAGGUUAGGAGGGUGUUGGAUGGGGAUGCCGAACCGUUUGGGGAGGAGGAGGAGAAUACUUUGAAGGAGAAGAGUGGGUGAGAAGUGGGAUAUGUAUAUGACUACUGUACGACCACUGAAUGGCACUGUGUUUGGUAGGAAGACGUCAACAUGUGUCAGGAGCCGUUAGAUUCGUCAGAUUCUAUGCUAUACGAUCAGACUCGAGGCUAUCAGCCCAUCU